AUGUAUUCUGAGUAAAGAGGGCGCUUUUUGGUUGCCAUGAGCAACUACAUUAGCGAAAUAGCAAAUGAGUGAUGGAGGUUAUAUAUAUAUAUAUAUAUAUGUGUGAGGAUUUUGGUACAACUGAAGUAUUUCAGCCCUUCGCUAGUAGUUCGCAUCUGAACGCCGACCGACCCCUGACACCUCAGACUCCUCCCUCUCGCUUGCAGGGCUCCGAAUAGGGCCCCUCCUCUACAGAUGUGUUUGUCGGUGGGCGUGAAGCAGCAGGAUAGGGGCGGGGCGGCACAUGCGCAGUUCCAUACUUCCAAGAUGGCGCUAGUCGGAGCGAUGAGCCUGGUGGAUCUGCCGACUGACCCGCUGCUGGUUAUUUUGUCCUACUUGGACUUCCGGGACUUGGCCAGUUGCAGCCUUGUCAAUCGGAGGUUAAACCAGCUUUGCAACCAUGACCUUCUGUGGAAGCGGCCCUGCCAGAUCUAUUGGCUGGUGUCAGAGAACAAGGUGGCCCAGAAAACUCAGACCUGGAAGGAGACCUUCAUAACAUAUUAUAAGGACAUGGGCCGGUAUAUUGAGCACUAUGCCACGUUGAAGGAAGCCUGGGAUUCUCUAAAGCAGUAUCUGGCUCAAUGCUGUCCCAAGAUGAUCAGUUCCCUUAAAGCUGGGGUCCAGGAGAAAGAUCUAAAUGCCGUGGAAGAAAAAAUAGGCUGCAAACUCCCAGAUGAUUAUAGAUGUUCCCUGAGGAUUCACAAUGGCCAGAAGCUGGUGGUGCCUGGGCUGAUGGGCAGCAUGGCCUUAUCCAACCACUAUCGCUCGGAGGAUCUCCUGGACAUAGACACGGCAGCAGGCGGCUUCCAGCGCAGGAUGGGUCUGAACCAAUGUCUGCCCAUAACCUUCUGUAUCCACACGGGGCUCAGUCAGUACUUGGCGUUGGCCGACACUGACGGAAGACGCCGCAAUGAGAUCUUUUAUCAGUGCCCAGAUCAGACUGCACACAACCCUGCUGCCAUUGACAUGUUCAUUACAGGUACCUCGUUUUCCCAGUGGUUUACCUCCUACGUACAACACGUUGUCUCAGGUGACUAUCCUAUCAUCUGGGACCAGAUUUUCAGGUAUGAACAUGACAAGGCUUGUGUGGCAACUACUGAUGAUAUCACUGUGUCUGUCUCAACGUCAUUCUUGCCAGAGCUGAGCUCCAUUCACCCUCCCCAUUACUUCUUCACAUAUCGGAUCAGACUUGAGAUGUCCAAGGAUGCCUACCCUGAGAAAGCGUGCCAGCUUGACAGCAGGUACUGGAGAAUAACCAAUGCCAAGGAUCAGGUGGAAGAAGUGCAAGGACCCGGCGUUGUAGGAGAUUAUCCCCAGCUGAGACCAGGCCGGGUGUACGAGUAUACAAGCUGCACCAGUUUCUCCACAUCCUCUGGCUACAUGGAAGGCUACUACACAUUCCACCGCAUGGACAAAAAACAGGAGACCUUCAAUGUUGUCAUCCCCAGGUUUCACAUGAACUGUCCGACGUUCCGUGUGUCCAACAUUUCCACAGAGGAGAGCUGCAAUGACUGUUUCCUACAUGACGAUGAUUCCACCGACACCGAUGACUAUGAGGAGAGACGUCGAUUUCUGGAUAUGCCAAAUGCGCCUGUUCACUGCCCUCGAUUCACCUGAACAAUCUGCUCCUACCUGGCAGGCUCUGAACACUAAAGGGUCAAAAUUCUGGGUGUUUGCACUUUUGUUUUUUUUUAUUCUGGACAAUAGCAGGGAUUUGGACCCCCCCAGUCAACCAUUGCUCUGACUAUCCCAGAUGACAUGCAGGAAGUAUAUGGGGGGCACCUCUUGCUUUAACCCCCAGCUGUGAGUGCUUUGGGAAUCAUGUGAUGUGGCUGUAAGGGAUUGGCUUAUCCAAACAGUAGAAACAGCCAUAUAUCUGGUGUUGUAUCGGCUUGCUCAGCAUUCUGUAAGGGGCAGCUUGUGUUGGGGUGCAAUAUCUGAAAAGCCUCCGAUUAAUGAUUGGUCUUUGGGAAAAUCAGUUAGAAGUGACUUUGUUUUACUAUGGUUUGUCUAGAUCUUAACUGACAAUUAUACUAUUUGUUUGCUUUAUGCUUAGUAUUAGAGACUUUUCCCCCAGUAUGGCAGUUCUGUCCAGCCCCGCCAUUGACGAUGAAAUGGAAACCCAAAAAAACGAAUGAGGGCAAGUUGUUUUUCAAGUCAUGUUCUAGUGUAUUCAUUAAUGUUCAUCCCAUGGACGUUGCACCCGGAGCAGACAGCCUAUCGACUCCUAUUCGCAGCAGCAGGUGUGGAGGUACAAUAACGUGCAAAGGGAAAAUAAACCGAGGCUGGGGAGUUUAAAAUAAAAAA